AUUAAUGAUUCAUACCGUAGUUAACGUGAACUAAUUUAUAAGAUGAUAUUACAUUUAUAAACACAUUUACAAAAUGACAGUGGUGAAAUACAGAUGGAUAUUUGGAGUAAUUUGUGUCAGUUUUUUUUGUGACGUAUUUGGAAUAGAAACAGGCACUUCUUUAGGCAGGAAUGUGGAUUCUAGUAAUGAACAGGGACUUAGUUCUGAAAGUUUUAUGGAUAAUAUGACCAGAAAGAAUGGGACAACAGAAAACCAAAGUUCGGAUAGUUCUGUCACUACAAAUGACGUCACACACGGUUCUACAAUCACUCCUAAUAUAGGAGAAAGUAUGAAAAUGCAGAAUAACACCACAAGUCGUCUGUCGAAAACUACACGUAAAUACAAAUUACCUCAAAGCUGGUCUAAUUUCUGUACAGUAGCUGAGGAUGAAAUUUAUGAGUCAGAAUUUACCCCAAAGACAAACUUGACCUCUAUAAAAUGUAUUAUAGACAGCGAAAAUUCGGGUAUAUGGACAAUUGUAGACCUAAGAAAAAACUUUGAACUUUACAAGGACCUAAACUUGAAUUUCAGUGUGGAGAUUGAAUGUCUUUCAAGGGCCAAUAUUUCACUCUCUUGGCCAUUUAAGGUAAACAGUUUAUUUGUGUUGAAAGUACAAGGCUGUAUGAUUCUAGAUUUUCUAGCAGAACAGAACGAAGAGGUUAUAGAAACAACUCCUGACAGUCUGCGGACGGUUCGAUUGUGGAACACAAUGAAUACUGUGUUAUUAUCAAGGCUGAUGGAAACUACCAGCAAUAUCAGAAAUGUGAAGAAAGAGUUUGAUUGUAUACAUGUCGAAACAAUUGAGGAAAUAUCAACUAGGAAUGUAAGCUUCGAUUUUAUAAUAGACAAUGAAUUACUCUUAACACAGCUGUUGGAGCGCGGUCAAGACUUUGUAUUAAACACUCGGCGCAUCCCUCAUGUAUGCGACUAUCCGCAUCUACGAGUCCUGGAUGAAAGCAGCAGCGACAGCAGAUCCCUCUAUCACAUGGAUUUAAUGACAGACAACGCCAUUUACGAAGCGCUUCGAAUAUACAAUGCAUCUCAUACAUAUAUCAAAGUACUAAAAGAUCAGUAUUUACAAUGGUCAAUGACAUUUCCAAAUCUUGAAAUGCUGGACCUGUCCCAUAAUGAUAUAUCAAAAUUGUAUCGUUUUGCUCUGCCGUUGCACACAAGUUUGGAUAUUGUUACAACCAUAGACCUAACGUAUAAUCGUAUUUCUACAAUCACUGUAGCUGACCUAGAAAGAUUCAAACAGAUGCCAAUGGUGUUCUUCGACCUUAGACACAAUCCUAUUGAUUGCAACUGCUCUGACACGCUUGAAGAAUUAAUACGAUAUAUUAAAGAUGAAAAACAUUUACAAAUAUCAAAUUUAUCGGACUAUAGUUAUAUCGAAAAUUUAGCAUGCAAAAACCCAGAGAAUCUAGAAGGCAUGACUCUGAAAUCUUUGACAACGGAUAUGAUUUGCGAAUCUAAAGUACAAACGGAAUAUUUUUUAGUUCCGAUUAUUUGUUUAAGUGCCGCUAUUGUCGUUCUGGCUUUAUUGUUGUUUACGGUUUUACGAUUCAGACAGGAAAUUACCAUAAUUUUGUUUACACGCUUCAACAUAAUAAUACCUUGUCAGACGAGAGAAAAUUACGAUUCGGAGAAGAAAUAUGACGCAUUCGUGAGUUAUAGCAGUAACGAAGAGGAAUAUGUAGAAAAGCUUUUUGAAGACCUUGAGAAACAACCAGACGACAAAUCGCGCCCGUCAUUUAAGUUUUGCAUGCACCAUCGCGACUUUGUUCCCGGAAGAACUAUAUUUGAUAACGUCACUUUCUCUGUAGAGUCAAGCAGACAUACUAUUAUUUUGUUGUCAAAUCACUUCAUAAAAAGUGAAUAUUGUCUUUACGAGUUUCAAGAAGCUUUCCGUCAAAGUAUCAUGGAAAAGAGGCGCCACCUAGUGAUUAUUAUGAUGGAAGAUAUUCCUGAAGAGAAAUUACCACGUGAUCUUAGACGAUGUGUGAAGACAUUUACUUACAUCAGAAAAGAUGAUUUUCUGUUUACAGAAAGGCUAAUUUUUGCUCUGUCUAUCAAACAUAGAGGUAAAACUGUCUUGAAAAGUAAAACUAAUACUUCUGAAAAGGACAAAUCCGACCACAGCAUCGACAUCUACACAAAAAGCAAACCUGUCAAGAGCGAAAAUAACAUCGAAGGACUAAUUUCUCCAAAAAAUAGAAUCCAUUUAGAGACAGAAUUAAAACAAUCCGAAAUUGAAGGAAACCAGGCGUUUAAAACUAUUAUGUCUGAUCAUAUUGAAUUCAGAGAUCCAUCUAAAAGUAAAAAUAUAGAAAGACAAAACAAGUACAGAAAAAACGGCGAUAAGCUGAACCUCUCUAUUAAACAUACCAAUGACUUUAAUCUUAGUCCUGUUGAAAGAAAACUAAAUAAUAAAGAUCUUGAAUAUGACAGAAGUUUGUCGCUGAUCUCUCAGGAUACCGGAUACGGAAGUGACAUGGGUUCUAUCUGUGAAAGGCUUUCACCGGAAGUGGCUGUCGACAUAGAGGCGUUCCCAGAUGAAGUCAUUUGCUAAAAUAUUUGAAUGAGUUCUUUACGCAAAGUUUGUAAUUACUUAUGUAGAUUAAGUAAUAUACUUGCAAAUUAAGGCGAACUUUAAAACAAAAUAUGAAAGCUUAUUUGCAAUUCAAUAUAUAUAUUUGUGUGUUGUAGAUAAAUAGAAAUUAAAGCUGAAACAAAUGUCACUUAGGAAAUAUGUCAUGUAAAAAAUCAUCUUGCAAGUAUCAUCUGGUAUUCUGUAGAUAAAUUUACGAAUGUGCUUGUUAUAACAUAUUUCUUACGUUUGUUUAUUUCAUCUGAUUGCAAUAUACAACUUUUCCCACAUACGCGGAAAUUCUCUGUAGAAUAUAAUUUUUCCCCGAUACACUGAAAUUAUCUACCAGAUAUAUAACUUUUCCCAGAUACGUUGACAUUAUCUUCCCAAUAUAUAAAUUUUCCCGGAUACAUUGUCA